UAACCGAAUAGCGAUUAUCACGAUAUCGACAGUUCAUAUCCCGCUCCACAGGUUAGUAGUGAGAUGGAGCAUAGUUAUAGUUCCAGAUGUUCCUCAGCCAUACUGAAUCUACCGGUGCUUAUGAAGACCCACGUAUUAAGCGGAUGGAAUGCGGAAGCGCAGAGAUGUCUAUCAGAAGUUUCAUUGCACAGCACCAAUCUGUUGCAUAGACGAAGCAAGAUGUGAAACACAACGGAAGUAGUACGUCAGUGCAUUGCUAUAGUACAUCGGAGGCAUCGGUGCAUAGCGAAAAUCGUUUGAUGAGCACCUAAACGGCUGCGCCCGGAGACGUACAAUACAGAUUUUAUCAAAUAGCUUAUGUUGACACCAGUAUACACAUGGGAAUGUAAAAAGGAUAGAAUACUUGGGUUUUUGCUAAACCAUGCUAACACUAUUUGGGAAGGCGCAUGUUUGACACUGGACAGCGGGACUUGGUUGUUAUCACCAGUCAAUAUCAAAGGAUGUGCAUCAAUCGCUCUUUAAAUAUGUGCACGUACAUCGGGUAGCAGAUGACCGAAGCGAUGAGGGACACGGAGUGCCAGCACUGGACACUUCAUCAAAAUCGCAUGCUGUGCGAUCUCCCCAAUGAGCUACGCGAAACAACCUGUACAUAUAGACGGCAACAAGUAAUUACACAUUAUUUCACUGUACCAGUAGUAUAGUUUUCAUUAUACCCGGUAGUUGCCUCACUAUUGUUAUAUCGGGUUCCUUGAAGUGCGGAAAACCAAGAUUUAAGGCUUUGCCAUCUAAAUGUAGAGGAAAACAUCAGCAGUUUAUAUUGGGUACUUAUUCUGAUGCCUGCGAAGGUGGUUGUUUGCCUGACCAUCAAAUGAAACCCAUACACGUUUGUUGUACCAUUCGCCAUGAUGUCUAUUGUGUCUCUAUCCAGUCUGUGCUAGCGCACACUUCAGUUUGGAUAAACGCAUUUGCAUAUGUGGUAUUCGAACUGACAUGGCACACGGAUGACUCCUAUCCACGUCGCUAUGUAUAUCGAAAGAAUUCGACUAGGGUACUCAUACCGUUUAUGUACAACCAACUUAGUGCGGGAAAACGGCACUAGGGCAAACCAAGAAAAACACUAGCAGAACAUGUAGGCGAGUUUAUGACAACUGGUGCUGGUUACAGGUGUUGCGAAUCGAAGUCAAAUUUUGAUCAAUGAGAGUUCCUUGGACUACUAUAAAUGGUGGUUGCUCAGGUGCGGGAGAAGGCACUGUUGCAGGUGGAAUAGAAGCACAUUAAGUACGCACCCAUUCGAUUUACUACUCCCGGCCAAUAAGGCGGCGUAUGUGGUACGUUUGCUUGUGUGCUGGGGAACCUUGCAUUUCAGAAGUAGAUGUCGCUUGAGCUCCCCGGUGUGUCUGCGCCUGAUGUGAAGGUUGACAAGGUGCCUACCUGUCUAUUAACCAGUACCCCGUUCAUACUGGCACCAGAAGACUGGUGGCCGCUGCUGGUGGUGACGGGGCGCACCGUCCUCGUGACGGUGCUAAGCUCAAAAGUGGUUCCAUCCUGCGCGGAACGGGCUACGGACCAGCCACCGCCAUGUGUACGGGACUUGUUAAGCGAUGCUCUCUUACCCAUAAUAAACCAUUGUCUGUUUGCAUGAUUUCUCAAUUAGGCCGGAAUGCUUCUGUUCUGCUUGGUAAAGGAGUUUGGGUCGGCUCCGUCACUGAAACGCGGCUCCCAUGCACAUGCCUCCCCGUCUUAUUCCUUUGGGUUUACACCGUAUAUUGUGUAUGUGCGUGGUGCAGCGCAAGCCACUCGUGGCCUUCUGUAAGCGCAGGCGUCCUGUAACUGUCCCCAUGCAGUUUAACGUGACAGGCAAAUCCGGAGACGACGCCACUAAAUCAUCCUGAUUACAACAACCACUAUAUGCCUUUAAAUAUCGAUGCUACGCAUCUGCUCGUUGAGACCGCAAGUGGUGCUGUCCCACCCGACGGAUACGCGGUUAUCUUUACCAUUCAGUUUGUUGAGGGAUGGGUAGCCGCUUGUAAAGCAACGCCCACAAACUGGUGCACAACAUCAAGCGGUUUGACGGAAUAUCCGGGUCAUACUACAGUGUUCGAAGAUCGAAAGCGGAUGCUUCCGGCGAGAAGACACUGAUAAUGUAUCUGUGCCACAGGAAAGGGUUUGCCCGCCAUCCUAACCAAGGCAAAAGAAGAAGACUUUUGGAUCACCCACAUUGCGGUGCGUAUUCCAAUGUUGGUAGACUGGGGACUUUGUUCAGGAUAACCAGGUUCCACAUGGUGCAAAACCACGAGCUUCUGGGAGACGAUGCAUUAAUGUCGUUCAGUAUAAACCGUCGGUUAGAGCUGUAAGAGCUGGAGAUAAUCAGACCAAUACUUGCAUGCCGAAGCCGGGGUUUCAACAUCCGGUUCUAUGUUCUAUCGAAGUUCGGAAAUUACCUGACGAACGCGGACUUCGGCAACUUUGAGCCAGGCAUAUGUUCGGGUGCAUGGAUCCAAGUAAGGUGUUUUUGAUUAACUCGCUUAAAGUGCAGUUUUAGGAUAUCUACCGGACAUGGAUUCACAGGUUAACCAGCAUGGGCAAGUUCGGUGUUUGCGCGACGGCAAUGAUCGGAUCACGUAAUUCGUCUACUCCAAGCCUGAGAAUUUGGAACUGUACUCAUGAUUGCCCGACUGUUUGCUUAUUGCCAGCACCUUCACCACUAACCAACAGAGAAAUUUUUUAUUCCAACUGCCUACAGUCCAUGGCUGCCGAAAAAGUCUGCCGGUUGCCAUUGCUUUCCUCUGGCUGGAGACGGAGUCCGUAGGUUGUUCUUCUGGCUUCAAGCGCAUCAAGUCCGAUGGUGCCUCGCCAUUGCAAAUGUUGUGCAUAACGGCUUUAUACGCACCUAAGUUCCUAUGUUGCAUCCAGGUAAUUAGCUAUAUGAUCAAACGUUUUCCGCAAUCCACGUCAUUCCGAGGUUUUUCAUCACAAUGUACAGUGCAACUUUUGGAAAUAUUUAGCUAGUUUGGAACUCAUUUGUACUAAUGGUCAACCCUUAUUCCACUAUAUGAGUUCCUUUACUCUUACCGACACCAGCAGUUGGGCCAACAGCAGGAUGCCUGGUGUUGAAACAUACGGCGUACACGACACGAAUAUGGUGGCGUCCAUGUAUUGCUGCUUGAAAAUGGCAAUACCGAGUGGGCGAAUUGGAGUGUGGGAAGCCACACGCGUGUCACAGAUGGGCGCGACGUGGCUGAUACGGAACCGACAAAAAGCGAUCGGAUGCAUCUCCUCGUGACCUCCGUAUUUUCGGCCAUUCGGAGUUGGACCGCUUCUGCCGCCGCUUGACGCCGUACGCUAUUUCUUAAUAACGUCUGACUUGAGUUCAACGUAUCCAGCUGUGAUUUUUAGCAACGGUGAGCAUGCGACUGUUUUCAGCAAUCGUCGACUGGAGACGGUGAACCACUACGACCGUAGGUGCACAAGUAACGCUAACGUCGGGUGUGGGCUUCCUCGCAGACACCUGCCAUUCGUACAGCUUAACAGCGGGAAUACCAAAGAACUGCCGGUCAGCUGACGGUGGGCGAGCGAGAAUAUUGGGGCACUUGCCGUUUCAGUCGCGCCGUUGGACGCGCAAAUAACCGGAAGGCAAGUACGGAGCGCCAUUUUGGAUAUGGCGUUAAGCUAUCUACGUGAAAUGUACCAGCGACAGCAGCCAGCGCACUUCGCUCUGUGUACCGCCCGGUAACUGAGUUUUGCUCAACAAGCCGACCCGCAAGAAAUGCCGCCGUUCACGCACCCCUCCGACGCACAUGGCCGCGGACACAAUCAUCGCAGGUCAUAACCAGCUCCUGGAGUCCGCAUAUAUGUACUUAGAAGCUGCAGCUCUCCAUCUGCCGGGAUUGCCGGAGGGGAUUGUGACGUCGGCCACGGAUAAGACUGUAUUUAGAAACGAAUGUAAAAUGACAAUGGCAAGCUCAGAUGAAGUAGUUAUUAUAAAAGCGGUUCUAAGUGGCGCACAGCCGACGGCCGCCUUUUACGGUACAAGACAGGAACCCCGGAAUGCAACAGCUGGCGAACAAACCAAACAUCCAACUUUACAAGCUUUGGUGAUUGAUGAAGUAAUAUGUGCAUAAUGCAGCAUACAAGAUCCGGAAGAAAACGUGUGACGAACGAUACACUGUUUUCGAUGCCGGUAUUGUGGGCGUUGUUAUAAUCGAAGCUGUCUUCGGCAGCCCCAUAAUAACGGUUUUCUGGUGCUGUUUCUGCGAACUGCCAUUUGAUUGACACUGCGAAGUGCGUCGGUGACGUUUUACAGCCCAGACAUGUCAACGAGCUUUUCCUGUUCUGCUUACCUUCCUGUGCGCUAAUGAUAUCGUUAAAUGUGCACCACUUUACAAACAAUUUCAUUGCCAUGUAACAAUGGACGCUGAUGCAAUUUCUUAUUCUGUUUACGUCUAUUGCACAAAGCCAACACAUCGGCGUGGUGCGGUGAUUUAGCCAGUUGUAACUUGGGCCAACCUGGCUUUGGUGGUUUCACAUGUGAUUUGUAUUUCCUUUCAGGGUACCAACGAAUGGGACGAAAGAAAGUAUGUAGCAACAACCCCGGUGUGUAUCGUAAAACGAAUAAAUGGCUUAUGCUG